AAAUGGGAAAAGGAAGUUUAAAAAUAAAAAAAUAAAAACAGAACAAAUUGAUUGAUGAUUAGAACUAUGGAAAAGUUGUAAUUUGUCUUCAAUUUAUUUUAGGGUAGACCAAAAAAGAAGAAAGAAAAUAACGAGGGAACCUAAGAGAUAGAUAAAAGACAGUGGUUUAAUGCAUAUCGUGCUUUGCAUAUGUUAACUUUAAUUUGUGAAAAAGGAAGUUUAGCAUUAAGAUAUAAGACUGGAUAGAAGAGCAGUGCAAUAGAAGAAACAACAAAAACAAAGAAAAGUGAAGAAACAAGAAAACUUAAGGUAAUAAAUACUGUUUAAUGAGAAAAAAGUAAAAACUAAAAGAUUUGAAAAAGCAUUGUAAUUAUGAAGAAAAGAAACUAUACCUUUUAAUUGAUAAUAAUACUGAAAAUAUUUAAAUUGAAUUAGAAAAUGCUGAUAAUGAUUUAAUAAUAGAAGAUAUGAAUAAAAUCUAUAAGUACUUAGACAAAGAGUUUUAAGUGUCCUUUAUAUUGAUUUUGAAAUCGUAUUUGGAGUAAUACGAUAAGGAUUCUUAGGUUCUAGCAAGGGAAAUAGUUUUUAAAAUGAUUGAUUAAAAAGAAUAACAUAAAAUGUUAAUGAACUUAGCCCUGAUAAAAACAAAUAUAGAAGAUGAUUUAGAAUAUGUCUUAUAAUUGGUAUAAAAAGUAUUAAUAUAAAGGCUAAUAUGAAUUCUGGAUUAUAGUUACAAUAUGAAGUUAAUGAAAAUUGGGUGAAUGAAGAAAAUAAAAUAAUACAAUGGUUAGUUGGAUUUGUUGAAAAAAUUAUUAUAAUAUUUAAGUCAUGA